AUCUCUUUCCUUUGCCCCGCCCCCGCCCCUCAGCCGCCCCAUUCCCAUCAUCUAGGGCUUCCCUCUUAUCUCCAUCCCCAUUCCUUCUUUAAUGCCCUCCCCCAGCACCUCCCGCCAUUCUGUCCACUCUCCCACCUCUAUCUCCCACUCCCCUCCAGUGAAAGCCGCAGUGCCGCUCCAUUCGGAGAAGGGAAAUCCACUCCCGGAAUAGACUUGGGCUGCACUAGGGGCGGGGUCCGCGGAGCCGACUAAGGGAUCCCCCACCAGCGCGCGCGCACGCUUCCACACACGCACACGCACACACACAUCUACACACUCACCCCGCCCCCCCUCCUCUGUCUCUCCCUCAUCCCCCGCGGCCGCGCACGGCCCCCCCUCCCCCUCCCCCGCCCGCGCGGCUCAGGAGCUCAGUCGAAUCCAGCGGCAGCGCCGCCGCCUCCACCAAACCAGAGCCGGCAGCUCCGAGGAGGAGCAGCUUCUCCAGCAGCUGCCGCCGCGGAGCCCCGCGCCCUCCCGCCCGCCAGCCUGCCCGCCUGCCCUCGUCCCCUUCUCACCCUCCUGUACCCCCAACUCCUAGCCGGGUGCUAGGUCACCCCGGGAGCUCAAGAUCUUUCUCCUCCCCUCACAGGUCUGUUCCUCCCGCCCUAGCCGCUCCUCUUCCCCACCCGUGUCCUCAUCACCUAGCGGGGCCAGAGACCUGGGCUGGCAGGUGGGAGGACACCAUGAAUCUGGGGGGUGGCAACAGCAGCCGGCGCCGCCGGGCAGAGAGCGGGGACCCCGAGCCACCUCCUCUUCCGCCCCCCGGAGAACCUCCGGCCGGCCCCCCGCGCUACCUGCCGCCGCUGACCCCGCCACUGCCCAGCCUGCUUUCGCUGCCCUCGCUGCCCAUUCUGCCCGCGCUGUCACCGCCCCCUCAGGCGCCGCCGGGACCGGCUCCUAGGCAGGACGAGCUGCCGACGCUGGCCGAAGGGAUUCCGCGGCGAGGAGUAGGAGAGGAGCCGCCACCGCAGCCGCCCCCACCACCGCCGCUGCCUCCCCCGCCGCCGCCGCCUCUGUUGCCUCCCCCGCCGCCGCCGCAGCUCCCGCUCCUGCUCCCGCUCCCGUUUCCUUUGGCGGAGCAAGAGCCGUCAACUGGCGGAGACUCUGGGGAACGUCCAAAGCGCUUUUCUGAACCUCCUCCUCCUGAAGCGGCGAUUAAGGACUCGGAGGAGCCGCAGACUGCGAGAGUAGGAGGGGAGGCAGAAGGACCGAGCUCCUCUGAACAGCCCGAGACCCGCUCGGUGUGCAGCAGCCGCAGUAGUAGUAGCAGCAGCAGUGACCAGCGCACGGGGCACCACCACCACCAGCACCAACACCACCAGCCCAUCUGCAAGAUCUGCUUUCAAGGAGCUGAGCAGGGUGAACUGUUAAAUCCUUGCAGAUGUGAUGGGUCAGUUCGGUAUACACAUCAGCUAUGCCUAUUAAAGUGGAUCAGUGAAAGAGGGUCAUGGACCUGUGAGCUCUGCUGUUAUAGAUACCAUGUCAUAGCAAUUAAAAUGAAAAAACCUUGCCAGUGGCAGAGCAUUUCUAUAACAUUGGUUGAGAAAGUUCAGAUGAUUGCUGUAAUCCUAGGAUCACUGUUCUUAAUAGCAAGUGUGACUUGGCUUCUGUGGUCAGCCUUCAGCCCCUAUGCGGUAUGGCAAAGGAAGGACAUCCUCUUUCAAAUAUGCUAUGGGAUGUAUGGUUUUAUGGAUCUAGUGUGCAUAGGUCUCAUUGUGCAUGAAGGGGCAGCAGUUUACAGAGUAUUUAAGCGCUGGAGGGCCGUUAAUUUGCACUGGGAUGUAUUAAAUUACGACAAAGCCACAGAUAUAGAAGAAAGUAGCCGAGGAGAGUCUUCAACAAGUAGGACAUUGUGGUUGCCACUGACUGCUUUGCGAAAUAGAAACUUAGUUCACCCAACACAGUUAACCUCACCAAGAUUUCAGUGUGGCUAUGUACUAUUACACCUGUUCAAUCGAAUGAGGCCCCAUGAAGACUUGUCAGAAGAUAACAGCUCGGGGGAGGUUGUGAUGAGAGUGACUUCAGUGUAAUGAAAAUGUAAGGAUAAUGCACUGUGGACCAUCGAAACAGCAUUUUGGAAUGUAGUUGCAAUGAAUGGUGAAACCAUAGCACUUCUAAAAACAUAUAUGAACUUUUUAAAUUUAUGCUUUUUAUAUGAACAAUGGAAUUGCAAAUACAUUUUCUGAAAAAAAAGUCCCUUUGCUCUUUGUUUUCUGAUUUAUGACAUUUUUUAUAAGUUGGUACUUGGAAUCAUUUGAAAUAUAAUUUACAUGUUAUUAGUUGACACAAUGAAGAAACUGAUCCUUACAGCCAAAAAUAUUUUUCUUGCUUGUUUUAAAUAUAUUUUUACCAAACUUUUUUGCGCAAUGUGUAAUUUUUCAGCUUUGCAACUGAGAAAGAUUUUAGGUAAUGAUUACAGAUAUACAGUAAAUUACUAUUAAAUAAGUGAGGCAGAUGUGCAUU